AUGGCUAUCGAAUGUCCCGUCUGCACGCUGUUCCUACGGUCCGGCAUGACGCUGGCCGAGCAUUUAGACACCCAUCCGAAGGAGAACGUGAUAAAGGCGUUGGUUAACAGAGUAAAGCACGAUGCUCUGGGCUACUAUCCCGGUGCGUUGGAAGAGCUGGGCCGGGAGGAAAUCAUGCCAGUCGAUGGCAACACGUCCAGCAUUGGUACUGCCGCCACUGCUAGCAAUGCGCUCACCAUCCGGACGAACGAACGGACAACCUCACUAGGCAUUUACGAGACGCAACCGAUGUACAUGGACAAUGCGAUACUGGCUGCGACCAGUAACGCUGUACAAGCCACAGUCAGCCAACCGUCACAGUUUACGGUGGUAAAAGCGAUCGAUGCGCACGGUAUUCCCAGCUUUCAGCUAAACAAUGUAACGCUUAUUAAGCGGGAAAUGGUACAGCCGGUCGCGGCGGUGUCAGGAUUGUCGACGAUAACCACAGUAGCAGCAACAGCAGCAACACAACCGGCUACUAUCGGAACAGUGCAAGCCGAUCUGUCCGGCGUCGGUCCGAUGGGUGAAGAUUAUCUAGAGUCGGGUGGAAACGGAACGGGUGAGGCAGGUUCUUCAUCUCGUGUGGUAGGACAAACCGUUGCCUCUACCACCGUAUAUCCCCGAUACACAAAUGAGCUGUAUUCCGGGCCACCGCCACCGUAUAGUCGAGCCAUAUCGUCAACAGUAGCUACCAAUACACACAUCACACCAAUGCAACAGCAAACGGUGCAAUUGAAUCUACCCAAAAGCAAUGUUAACGGUGUUAUUGGGCAGCAAAUUCAACUCCUGCCCAAGUUGCACACAGAAACAUCGAAUUCCGCGUUCAAACAGUAUCCUUCCGGGCAGGCAGCAUCCGAACGAGGCCUAGAUGAGUCGGCUGUGACGGCAAACUCACCACCCGCAUCAUCAGUACCGAAACCCUCCUACAGUGCGACCGCAACAACAAUCGCUACGAGAGUAGUCGCGACGACAGCUGUCACCACUACCAGCAGCGCUAGUUCCUUGAAUACUUCCCCCGAACAGCCAUCGCCAACGAGCGCAUCACAAGCUACGACGACGUCGGCUACAACGCCCUCACCCAAAUCCACUGUGCCGAACCCAUCGAAGGCAAACGUAGUAAAAGUGAUAAGCAAUGUAAAGGUGCAGAGUAAACUGAAGGAUAUUCAGGAAAUUAUACUGCAGUUGAAUGCCGGACAAAUGUCGAUCGUCGGUGAUAAGACGACGCUAAUACCACCCACAACCGAACGCCGUGCUUCAGCAUUUGCCUCGAGCGCUUCCGGCCGAUCGUUGCUGGCGAUAUCGCCAGCCAAGGCGGAAUGUUCCUCCGGCGAGCAACAGCAGAUUCGUAUGUCCGGCAGCAGCAUGAUGGAGGUGUCCGAGGAGCAGGAUGAGGGUGUUGUAGAACACAUGGCAGCCGAUUACGAUCACGAAGAGGAAUACAGUGACGCUUGGCAGGAUGACGAUAAUUAUGUGGACGAUGAAAUUCGGGAGCAAUGGGAAGACGAUACGGGAGCGAAGCGUUUUUCUACCAGUGACGAACAAGGUGAACUGCUUCCGGCACAGUCCGUUACAGAGGAAAAACCAGCAUCCGUUUCAAUUGCUUCCAGCAGCGUUUGUACGAACAGUACGGGUAGCAGUAACGCAAUGGUAACAAGUGUUAUAAGGAAGACGCCACAACCACUGCCGUGUGCACUAUCGCCCAUACAUCAGGAAGCAAAGUCGCAAAUAAAACGGCUCGUAUUCAGGGUGGCAGGUAAUUCUACACCGACCACCGUUACGAUUUCGCCAGCCGGACCGUCAGCUUCGCCGAAAAUCGUACGCGCCUGGCAGGGUAUUAAGGUGGAAUGCUCACCGGACGGUUCGAGCAUAACCAGUAACACUACCACCACCUCUGUAACGAUACCGGCCGAAGAAGACAUGGGCAAACCAAUGUCUUGCGCAUCGUCUGCCUUAGCUGGGCGUGAUUAUGCCGCUAAGCAGAAGCAACGCUUUCGGCCACCAAAAAAGUUAGCAAUUAAGCCAAAGCGUACACAUACGGAGGGUGGAUUCAAAUUCCCGACCCAACGUUCGGUUGACGGUGAUGUGCAGCGUGACGAUGAUGAGAUGACGGGGACGCAUUCGGACACGUGGACCGGUACACCCUCGACGACGAUAGCGUUGGCAACCGCGCUUACCACACUGGCGGAAGUCGUGUGCACGAAUGCGACCCAACAGCCGACCACGGAAUCGUUUUCUUCCACGUCGUUCAAUGGCAUUACUGCCGUAAUACAAAAGACUGACACUAGCAGCGGAAUUACCAACAGUAGCCAACCGUACCAGUGCGUGGAACGCAAUACGAUAGAUAAUCCUCAAGCAUCAAGCACACCGAAAGGUUAUGUGUGUGUGGAAAAUGUGUUACGCACCCAGCAACUGCUGAUGACUCCUAUCAAGCAAGAGCAUGCACGCAUGGCAGAUAAUCCCCAUUCGGCAUCUGACGUUUCGUCCAAACCGUCGAGCAAGCCGAACCAAAUGUUUGAUGUCCGUGCGCCGUACACAUACGUAACACCGGGCACCGGUGGUGCUGCCCCACCGGGUGGCCACAAACCAUCCCAACCGAAGGACGAGAUCGACGUCGGUGCGUACAACAUUUCCUACGUCAGCGAAACGGGGGAAACGAUCUACCAUCCGCUGCCAAAGAAAGGGAACAGAACGAUCGGUACGCCCAGGAGCGAGAGCGAGUGUGCAAUCGUGAGGCCGAAUGGGGAAACUAUGGGCACGGAGUACACCGAUAGUCGUGUGAUGGAAAGGGAUGAGCUUAUAGUGGAGGAUGUGAAAGAGAGUGCAACAUUACAGGGAGACGAAGAGGACGAUGACGAUGAAGAUGAGGAUGUAAAGGAAUUAGAUGAUGAUGAGAUGAUCGAGGCGGAUGAAGACGAGAGAGAACCAACCGACGAAAUAGAACAGGAAGCGGAUGUGGUGUACGAGGAGCGAUUAGACAGCGAUGAAGAUGAGUACGAUGAUGUGUUCGAAGUGGAACCAAUAGCUCACCAACAGAACCCUUCCACGUCACCACUGUCGCCUGAACAGCAACCUUCCAAACGUCAACGGUUGCUAAUGUUGCUAACUAAGGUGAACAACAAUACACCACCCGAUACAGCUGAGCAGAAUACAGACCCAACGAACGCAACUGAAACAGUGGAAACAGAACCCGAUGUGGAUACGAAGGAACGCAUGCAGCAUGUUAGCGAAAGUGAAUGCAUUUCCGGGGAGCAAGGUUUAUCGUACAGUAAAUCGGAUAAAUCGAUCAAUUUGUCCGACGGUCACGUAAUGAAACGGUUCCAUUCGGGGAUACUGGCGACGGUUGAUGAAAAAGAUCUUCUCGAGGCGGGACCGUCAUCGCGUACCAUUGUUCAGGUUGGGGUGCCACGGCCUAAGAUACGUGUCACGAACGCUGACGGAUUCCAUGCUUCUAGCCGUGCGGGCGCUAGAAAGGCUGAAAAGGACGAACGAAGAAAAUCUGGAUCCGCAAAACGAAGGUGCGGUAAGGAUUUCCUCGAGGCGGGCCCUUCAUCUUCGUCGUCCUCAUCAUCCCAUCGCUUUGCAUCUGGUUCCGUGUACGAGGAGGAGGGUGACUGUUUGGGGCACAAUAGUUUUAACAAUCCCAUCACUGCCACUACCAUCGCCGACGAACAGAUAUCUCCGGAAUCGGGUGACUGCGGGUUAAAAAAGGCCAAAACGGAACCGUACGUUGAAGAUGAGCAGGAUACUACCACCUCAUCGUUCCUUGAUCUGAGCACGAUACCGAAAAACAGUCUCGACGGUAUGACGAACGAUACGGCAAGCAUCACCAGCCAUAGCAGCAGCCACAGCAGUGCUGGUCUUGGCAAGGACAGUGGUGAAGGGAGCGCACUAAGCGGUGGAACACGAUCCCUGCUACCGUCCGGCUCAUCAAUUGCGUCCACCAGUAUGGAGCGGGCACCGUCGACCGAAAGCCUCAACAUACGCACCGACGAGAAGAUGCCGGCGAAGGGUGAAAUAUCUGAACAGGAAAGCAACGGCGAUAUGGACGUAACUUCCUGGAACCAUCGGAUGUACGCAGUCGGUGAGAAUGUGCCUAUAUAUCCGAGCUCAUACGAUUUAUCGACGGCACAAGAGUGUUGGAAUCUGAGCAGCCGAAAUCAGGGCAUGUUUCCCGUAACGGAUCACUUCUACCACCAGCAGCAACACAGUGGUGGUAACAAUACACAUACCACCACAGUCAGCAACCAAUACAUGACUUCGCGCGUUGCAUUCCAAUUUUCGUCCACAUCACACCAGCAUCUGCAGCAGCAUGGACCGGCGGAACUGCCGUUCGGUGGUGGUAUUAUGGCGGGGAAAGUGGAGCCGCAACAGGACGACGAUAACGAUAGUGACGAUGUGGAUGAGCAAGCGGAGGGACACCGAUUGAAAAAUGCGAUACCGAAAAUGCCGUUCGCUGACAUGAUGGUAGCUCGGAUGCAUGAGCCACCGGGUGCGUACGAUGAGGUGGUCACACACCAUCACCAGCAACAACAACAAUCGUGCGAAGCGAAGUACGACGAUGCGGUCGGUACGACAUCGUACUUCGGCGUGGCUGCUGCCACCUGUUCCAUGUCGGCGGAAAUGGAACCGGUGUUGGCGAACCAUCCAAAACCGUCCGGUAGCGGUGUACCACGCACCUUCCGCUGCACGCUCUGCCCGAAAGUGUUCGACACGAUCAAGCAACGGAGGCUGCAUCAGCAACGCGAACAUCCGAACGAGCUGUUGUCGCUGGCGUCCCACACCCAGCAAGAGAACGGCGAUGAACGGAGCGGUGAAGGACGGCCGCAUCAUCAACAGCAGGUGUACAAGAAGCAACCGAUACCGGUUGUAAUGAAUUACGACUGGAUGAAGCAGGAGAUUCAGCGUAAAAGUGAAGCUACACUGAAGAGUAGUCGCAUGCUGAUGUCGGGUGGUUGCAGCACCAGCACUACCGCCAUACCCGGCACGAGUGGUGAGGAUAUGCAGCAACAGCUAUUAGUGGCCCAGCUGCAGGCCGACGGGACGGUGGCGGACGGAUCGAUGGGCCUGGUGCAAACCGCGUGUUCCGUCACGGCCCGGAACCGUUCGUACGUGUGCAGCACAUGCCACCAGAAGUUCGAUCGGUUUAAUCUAUUCAACGAACAUCUGCUCGAGCAUCCGGUGGAAUGUUUUGCGUGCGGGCGACACUUUAAGCAGUGGCGUAACUUUUCGCUCCACAUCAAGCGCCAUCUAGGCAUCAAGGAGCACCAGUGUCGGAGCUGUGGCAAGCAGUUCGUCGUCAAGCAGAAGCUGAUCGAGCAUAUGCGGGUCCAUACCGGGCACGCACCGAUCAAGUGCAAGUUGUGCAAUCGUACGUUUAAGCGGUUCUCCAACCUGGCCCAGCACCGGAAACGCUACCACCUGAACCGAACGGUAACGAAGGAGGACUAUGUGUGUCAGCUGUGCGGGGAGGUGUUUCACACGCAGGCCAAGAUGGAGUGGCACAAGGAGACACACGAGAAGAAGCCCAAAUCCUGCCCGUACUGUCGCGAAAAGUUCAUACACCGCAACAGUCUGACGCGUCACAUACGGCUAUCGCACACGGACAAGUAUGCGAAGCUGGAGAACAAAACCGAACCGUGCAGCAUCUGCCAGCAGCCGUACACGAAGACGAGUAUGCGCCGGCACAUGGAAACGCACACGAAGGAGCGGAUGGCGUAUGCGUGCGGCAUCUGCAACAAGCGCUUCACCACGAACUGGAACCUGAAGCAGCACAAAUGGACGCACGCGAACCCGACGAUGAAACCGUUCCAGUGCACGCACUGUCCGAGCGCGUUCGUGCGCGAGUCCGACUUUGUGACGCAUGUGAACGCACACCGUUCGAUACGGCCGUACACGUGCAACCAUUGCGGGAGUCAAUUCAUACGAAAGUACAACUGGAUAAGGCAUACGCGCGAGCACGAGAGCGACAAGGGCCACCGGUGCGAUGUGUGCGGCCGUCAGUUCCAUCGGAAGUACUACCUGACGGAGCACAAGCGCAUCCACACCGGUGAGCGACCGUUUGCGUGCAACAUCUGUGGCAAAACGUCCGCCACCAAAACGAACCAUAACAAGCACGUGCGGAUACAUCAUGCGCGCGAUCCGCUCACGGCGGAAGGAUAA